ACUCCAUUUGAAAUAUGGUUGCGGCCAGGCUUUCCGGGCACUUCAUUUUUAGCACGGGACGCUUUCGUCAUCGAGUUCUUCAUAAAACGAAGGCGAUUUCCCCUUCUAUUGCUUGUUCCACACUACCGAACCCCUCAUUUCACGUUGAAACUCUCCGUCUCGCCAAACUAUCCGUCAGACAAAAAUGCAGAAUGACGAUGGAUAUCUCGUUAUUUCUGGUGAAGAACCACCUGACGACUUACUCGCUGCGGUUGAAGCUGAGAUAUCGUCCUCAUUCCCGAGGAGAUGUGGACCGAAUGGGCAGCAGCUAAUGAAGUUCGACGCGAAACUCCCUCAUGAAGCAUGGUUCCAAGAGUACCUCGGAUGUUCGUCUUCCGACGCCAAAAAGGUCGGCGACACAAUAGUCAGGUCGUUCAACAACAAUCGAAUUGGACGAUUUGUUCCCGGGCCUCCUGGUACUGUGCUUAUUUACAGAGCGGCAAGUCGGCAGGGCCUUAGUCCUGAAACUGGAUUUUUUAGGAUUGUGCCCAAGUCGCAUCGAAUGACAGCUGCCGAGAUAAAACGGGCCAACUCCAUAUCGGUCAUCCUUAGCGCCAAAGAUACCUUGUACAUGCCGGCGAAUACAACUAUCGAAUAUAUCACAUCCGGGAAGAGUGUGGCCCUUUGUGAGGCUUUAUCUGCCUCACUCAACAAUGACACUAGAAUGGAGAUGUGAUGGGGUGAGAUUUCAUGUUGCCCUUUGAUGCAAAUAUGUAUUGAUAAGAUAGUCAAUAACUAUAGAAGAAGUUCGGAUCUG